ACCUGAUGAGAGUUUGAAAACAGGAGCAGGUGAGAACCACUUGGAACUGAAAAAAAUCCAGUCUAAAUCAGACCCAAACAAGCCUGGCCAGACUAUGCACUUAAAUGAAUCAGGUCGACAGUUUUCGAGUGUAAGAGAAACCCUGUUACAGUCCAAGUCUGCUCAGAUCCUGCUGAGAGAUGGGGGAGUCUCGGGCUGUGGUAGAGGAGCUUCUGUCUCUGUGUUUACAGAGAAUCUCUCUGGAACAGUCGUCCAUGAACACUGAAAUGGAGUUUCUGGAGAUGACAAAGUCGUUUGAGUCCAUGAGGAGGCGUUGUUUCACCGCGGAGUCUGAGUUAAAGAAGUACAAAGAGCUGCUGGUGAAGUCAGACGUUGCCAAAGCAGCUCUGGAUGUGAAACUGAAGCACGUGAGGAACCAGCUGGACCUAGAGAUGCAGAAACGACUGCGAGUGGAGCGGGACUUUCAGUACCUGCAGAGGCAGAUGCAGCUCAUGUGUGACAUUCUGGUCCAAGACUCUAAGUCCAGCUCCUGUUUAAACGAUGAACAGAAGUCUCUCCUCGCCACGUUUGAACACAAGAACCAGACCAGCGCUGUCCACAAAACAAGCAAGAGGUUGUCUGUGAUCGACGAGUCCUCAUUUCUGUCUCACUCUGACAUCAGCUACGACCGAACUGACGACGAUGUGGACUUGGACUCUACAGUGAUCAAGCCCCUGAAGUCCAGAGCCAGAGAGCGGCGGCGAUCUUCAAUGGGUGUGGUCUCCACUGCUAAUGGGUCAGUGGGAAAGAGGCUUAGAACCAACAUCUCCACAGAGAUCCAGACCCAGGUCCAGGACAUGAUGCACCUGGAGAAGGAGGUGGAGACUAUUGUGAAGGCAUCAGUCUGCACCCCAGAGUCCACUCAGAUCCACAUGGUGGUGGGGAUUACGCAGGAGAACUCAGAGCAGAAAAAGGGAUCCAGACCAAGUCUGGAACUGGCUGCAGUUGAUGCAGACCAGACAUCAGUGUGGUGUCCUUCUGAGGAGACUCUGGAACCAGAGACUGUGACCCGGACUGAGGACUUCUUCAGGACCAACUCCAGCUCCAGCACUUUUUCCAACAUCUGCAACAGAACCUUCAUCCAGACGCCCUGCAAGACCGACUGCAAUAUGAACAAUAACACAACCGGCACAAAACACGUGUUCAUCUCCAAAACGGUGAUCCGUCCAGAGUCGUGCUAUUGCUGUGGGAAGAGAAUGCGUUUUGGUAAAGCGGUGGUGAAGUGCCGAAACUGCAGAGUUGUGGUUCAUCCCGAGUGCAAGAGCAAGUGUCCCGUGGGCUGCUCCUCAAUGGGACCUACUGCACCAGGGUCUCAGACCAAACCAGGAACAAACAAACCAGGCUCGCUGGAGAGCUUCUGUCCCGUGGGGCGCCCCAGAGUCCCCCUGCUGGUCGUGGAAUGUAUCUCAGAGAUUGAGCGCCGUGGUCUUAAGGAGAGGGGGUUGUACAGGGUUCCUGGGGGCGACAGGGCAGUGAAGGAGCUCAGGGAGAGGUUCCUUUCUGGAAAAACAUCUUUGAACUUGGGGAAGGUGGAGGAUGUGCAUGCGAUCUGUGGUCUACUCAAAGACUUUCUCAGGAAACUCCCAGAGCCCCUCAUCACGUUUCGUCUGCACCCACGUUUCAUGGAGGCUGCAGAGUUGGAGGAUGAGAGUGGAACUGUAAUUCUCUACAAAGCCAUUUCUGAACUUCCUCCACCCAACAAGGACACUCUGGCCAUCAUCUUGCUGCACCUGCACAAAGUGAUGGCGAGCGCUGAGUGUCACAUGGACCACGGUAACCUCUGUCGUGUUUUUGGACCAACUUUAAUUGGACACGCAUUAGCAGAACCAUCUCCCACAACAAUAAUGAAAGACACGGCCUCGCAACAUAAGGUGAUGAGUCGGCUCCUGUCUGUUCCUGUUGAUUACUGGAAAAGAGUUCUGUCUCAAACUGAGCAAACUCCUACAUCUGCUCCCUCAUUGGCCAAUGGGACCCCAACCUGUGUGAAGACGACCAAUCAGGAUGAAGGUAUGUGUCGUUUGUUCAAACCACUGACAUCUCCAGAACUCAGCUCGUACAAAAACCGCCAAGGUUCUAUAACAGGACGAUUACGCAACUUGGGACAUGCCGGCAAUGUCGGCCGAGGUGAUCCCAGUAGACGCUUCUUCACGUCUCCAAGUUGAACAAAAAAAAAAACUCUCCAGAGAAAUGAGCUGUGUGGAAAAGUAGCU